CUGGGAAUGUUUCUCUGUGCCGCAUCGCAAACCGGCAGUGUGACGAACAUCACUAUUUCCAUGUGUAACAUCGUGCAAUACCUGUGGAACUGCAGCCCUGGAUUCCAAUCAUGAAGCGACAGAGAGUCGAAUUGGCCUGUGAGAAAUGUCGUCUGCUGAAAGCGAAGUGCGAUGGUCAGCAACCUAUCUGCGGUCGUUGCUCCGGGUAUGGCUUCACAUGUAGGUGGGCAGACAGAAAGCGUACAGCCACCAAGGAUACUCGAAAAUAUGCCCAAGACAGCGAUAUUCCGCACUCUGAGUCUAGCAUAUCAGAUAACAGAGCUACCCCAACAACGCAGAACCAUGUUGCAGCCUAUCUGCAGGCCAUCAAGAACUAUGAAGUCCUUAUACAGAGUAUGCGACCAAGGCUGGAUGGUGCACUACGUGCCGCGCUCGAUAUGACUCUCACUAAUAUCCGUCGCCAUAUUCCCGAUGAGAUUGUCUCUGGGGAUGCAAGCCAGAGUCCAGAUACCCAAGGUGCUAGUGGCAAAAAGGAUGUUGAAUCACCUAGUUAUGUUGGCAGAGCGAGCGACAUACAUUUCUUUAACACUGUAAGAGACUGUAUGCGCGAACAUGAAUCAGCCACGACAGGCGAGGAACGCGACAAUCAAAGCUAUGAGCAGGUUGACAUGUCCGACGAUACGGCAGCAUUUGGGCGACCUCUACAGCUUCCUUCUCAGGAGGAAGCAGAUCGUUAUAUCGAUAUCUAUUUCUCUACCAUCCACGUUGCCUAUCCAUUUCUUUACAAGGCAGCCGUAUUGCGCCAAUACCGUCGACUGUGGAACGGUGAAUUAGACGGGAAACGCGACCGCUCGUGGCUCGCGCUAAUAAAUUUCAUAUUCGCAAUUGGCUCUUACUAUAUGUCUUUUCCUCGCGAGGAGACCAGAGAUCUCCAGAUGCACUUUCAGUACUUCAACCAGGGCACAUACUUUUCCGGCCAGUUCGGAGCUAUGUGCAAUCUUACGAACGUCUGGGCUCUUCUUGUCCAAUGCUUUUUCCUCCUCGCAGUUUCUCAGACUGAUAGAUGUUGGAACAUACUUGGAUUCGCUAUUCGCAUGGGGCAGAGCAUCGGCCUGCAUGUAGAACCUUCUUCCACUUUACGACAGUCGAAAUUCCCGCCCGUAGUAGAAAGAGAACUGCGGCGACGAGCAUGGUACUCAAUGUAUGUGCUGGACCGUCUUCUGGCUUUGCAGCUAGGACGUCCCAUGGCUAUCCAUGAAUCAGACUUUCACGUCAUAUUACCAUCCCGCUCAGAAAAACUUGCUUUCGAGCCGGAUGAAGAGAAGAGCCUCUCCGGGGACAACAGUGAGAUAUUGAAGGUCUCCACGAUGGACUAUUUUCUUCAGGUGAUUCGCUUUUCCCACAUUGUCGGAUUAGUCAUUCGAGAGCUCUAUCAGCCAUCACAGAUAGACCCAUCACCAGAUAAUAUGCUUCUUAGUGCUUCAGCACUCGAUACGUCGAUCACUGAAUGGAAGUCAAAUUUGCCGCGGCACCUGCGGUUCGAUCUUGGGCAUACAUUUCAAAAGUCGGUUACGUUGAAACGGCAGCGAAAUAUGCUUGCAGUGAAGUUUCAUCACCUGCGGGCACUCAUACACCGAACGUUUUUAUGCCUUCCCCUGCUACAACGGAACAACAAGCCAUUUAUGGAUCUACUUCAGCAAGACAGUGCUCGGAUAAAGCGAGCAGAGAAGAUCUGUAUAUCCGAGGCUCAACAAACCGCACGCCUGCUGCACAAUGUCAGCGACGAGGGGAGCCUCGUACAUGAUUUUCCAUGGUGGCAGAUGAUUCCCUGUCUUAUCUGUGCAAGCUCGAUAUUGUUUAUCGCAGAAUCUUUCUCAGAAAACGACUGCGCAGACUGUGACGCCCACGGGACGUUGCGCGAGGAUGCUGAGAUAUGCCUUACAGUCUUUGAAGCAUUGAGCUCUAACUCCGAUGCUGCAAAGAAAGCAAUGAAAAUGCUACAGGGCCUCACGCGGCUGGGUUCGUUAUUGGGAAAUAUUCCCAAUACCAAACUGCAACUUUUAGCACCAGAAGAUGUUCAACAACCUGUUCCCUUUUGCUCGACGAGCUUAGUCGACAACAUUCCACUCGUACCAGGCGACAGUCUGACAGCAACCUCGAAUAAUUGGCAAUGGCCAAGCGAAAUCUCGAACACUAUGGAAUGGUCAGCUCAAUUCUUUGACCCUGCCGCAUAUGGCCUGGCACAAUGCGAUGGCGGAGAUUUUCAAGUACACGAUAUGACACUUGCAGAUUCGGGAGCCGCCACCCAGUCGGGAUAGGACGUCAGGUCUCUGAUUAGAACAUCACAGUAUGUAUUAUUCUUUCUACGCGAACAAGUUUUUUCUACCCCGAAAGACAGGGUGACGGGCUAAAAACGGAAACCACGGACUGUGUCCCUCCGUUGUUGUCUAAUCAGCCACAGUAAUCAGUUCCGAGAAUUCCGCCGCUGCCGUGUUUUCCGGUUUAACUAGUGUUGCUGUGGGUUAUAAAUACAAUAAUAGUUAUCUUAAUACUAUUAUACUAUUAUAACCAGUAAAUAUUUAAUAUAAUUUAUAGUGUUUGCAAUUAUAUUAACUACUAUUUAAUAAA